GGGGAGCAGGAGGCGGCGCGCGCCGCCGGGCGUGAGAGCGCGCGCCCCCUGCGGGCGCCAGCGGGGCGGCGCAACCCCAUGGAGCGGGUGAGCGAGGCCGCCGCCUGCGGCCCCUCGUCGGGCUGCUACACGUACCAGGUGAGCCGGCACAGCGCCGACAUGCUGCACAGCCUCAACCAGCAGCGCAAGAACGGCGGCCGCUUCUGCGACGUGCUCUUGCGCGUGGGCGACGAGAGCUUCCCUGCGCACCGGGCGGUGCUGGCCGCCUGCAGCGAGUACUUCGAGUCGGUGUUCAGCGCGCAGCCGGGCGACGGAGCGGCCGGCGGUGGAGAAGGGGGCUCGGCGGAGGCGGCGGCGACCGGCGGAGCUUCGGCGGCGGGCGGCGGGGCCCCCGGGGGGGGGCGGGAGCUGGAGAUGCACACCAUCAGCUCCAAGGUGUUCGGGGACAUCCUGGACUUCGCCUACACGUCGCGCAUCGUGGUGCGGCUGGAGAGCUUCCCGGAGCUCAUGACGGCCGCCAAGUUCCUGCUGAUGCGCUCCGUCAUCGACAUCUGCCAGGAGGUCAUCAAGCAGUCCAACGUGCAGAUCCUCGUGCCCCCCACGCGCCCCGACAUCAUGCUGUUCCGCCCAGGGGCUGCUGACCUCGGCUUCCCUCUCGACAUGACCAACGGUGCCACACUGGCACCCAAUGGCAAUGGCAUCGCAGGCAUGCCCGAAGACGAGGCCACGCGGGCUGCACUCACCGCAGCGCAGUCCUCCCUGCCCGUGCUGCAGGGCGUGGACCGCCUGCCCAUGGUGGCAGGACCCCUUUCCCCACCGCUGCUCGCCUCGCCCUUCCAGAAUGUUGCUGCUAGUGCCCCUACCUUAGGUACCAAGCGGGGCAGAGGCCGUCCCCGUAAAGCCAACCUCUUGGACUCCAUGAUGUUUGGGGCCCCGGGUGGACUGCGGGAGGCCGGCAUCCUGCCGUGUGGCCUCUGCGGAAAGGUUUUCACCGAUGCCAAUCGGCUUCGUCAGCACGAGGCUCAGCAUGGGGUGACGAGCUUGCAGUUGGGUUACAUAGACAUCCCACCCCCCAGACUGGGUGAAAAUGGCAUCCCUGGCCAGGACGACCCUGACGCACCCAGAAAAAGAAGCAGGACAAGGAAACAGGUGGCAUGUGACAUCUGUGGCAAGAUCUUUCGGGACGUGUACCACCUGAAUCGGCACAAGCUGUCGCACUCUGGUGAGAAGCCUUACUCUUGUCCAGUGUGCGGGUUACGGUUCAAGCGGAAAGACAGGAUGUCCUAUCAUGUUCGAUCCCACGAUGGCUCAGUGGGAAAGCCCUACAUCUGCCAGAGCUGCGGGAAAGGCUUUUCCAGGCCAGACCACUUGAAUGGACACAUCAAACAGGUGCAUACCUCAGAGAGACCUCACAAGUGUCAGCAGGAAAAUGGCAGCCACCAUGGAAUAAGCUCAGAGACAUCCACAGCCAUAGAAAAGUUGAAACUUCAAGAGACUUGUAAUGCUUCCUUUGCCACGCGUGAUCGACUGCGCUCACACCUAGCAUGUCAUGAAGACAAAGUUCCAUGCCAGGUGUGUGGGAAGUACUUGCGGGCAGCAUACAUGGCAGAUCAUUUGAAGAAGCAUAGUGAAGGACCAAGCAAUUUCUGCACUAUCUGUAACCGAGGUUUCUCCUCUGCCUCCUACUUAAAGGUCCAUGUUAAAACCCACCACGGUGUUCCCCUUCCCCAGGUCUCCAGGCACCAGGAGUCCAUCCCGAAUGGGGGAGCAGCAUUCCACUGCGUCAGAACCUAUGGCAUCAAAGGACAGAAAUGUUCACAUUCGGACCCGAUUGAAAGUUCCGAUUCAUAUGGAGAUCUCUCUGACACCAGUGACCUCAAGACUCCUGAGAAACAGAGCACCAAUGGGUCCUUCUCAUGUGACAUGGCAGUCAGCAAAAACAAAAUGGAGACGGAGGCAGAGAAGAAGUACCCUUGCCCUGAAUGUGGCAGCUUUUUCAGAUCAAAGUCUUAUCUGAACAAACACAUACAGAAAGUUCACGUCAGGGCCCUUGGUGGCCCACUGGGGGACCUUGGUCCUGCUCUGGGAUCCCCCUUUUCACCCCAACAGAACAUGUCUCUUCUGGAGUCAUUUGGGUUUCAGAUCGUCCAGUCGGCAUUUGCAUCAUCCUUAGUGGAUCCGGAGGUCGACCAGCAACCAAUGGGGCCAGAGGGAAAAUGAGAUCAAUUUGACCUUAAAGCAAAGCAGCAGUCUGGCUAUAAUGAUAAGAUGCUGUGAAUGAAAGAGGAAAUUAUGAUAUUUGGUUCUAUAGCUGCAGGUUUUUUUUUUAAAUUCAUUUUAGCUUCCCUCUUUGUCUCAUGCCCUACCCUACCUUUAAACCCUCAUGGGGAGAGGGAAAAAAUGCUUCUUAGCUGAUGAAUUACAGAAGAUGGUGACCUUGGUUAGGAGAUGUGAUUUAAAACACCAAAUGGAGCUAUAAAAGUUGCAGCCAGUGUUUCAUCAUGAUCUUCUAGAAUAAAAAACGAGCACUGAUCUGAGAAUUAGAGACAGUCGUAGUGACCAAGGCACAUGGGGAGUUACAGCUACAAGGAGCUGUAUUUUCUUUUCUCUCUUCUUCCUAUCUUCCCUAACCCACCCCAGAAAAACACAGUAAGUUUUGAAAACAGACCCAUUAUUGACUGAACAUAACAUUAUGAAAAAUGUCCCACGGUACCUAGCAGGUUACAAUGCAGUUGUCCUUUUAAAAACAAAAAAAAAUAAGGAAGGUGAGAGAAUUUGAACCCCGUUUACCAUUUGUGAGGCUGUGAGUGCUGCAGCAGGACAUAACUGCUGAGUAAAAUCACCAUUCAGAACAGGUUGUUUUUAUUAUUUUUAACCAUUAAACUUGCUGUCGGAUUUUUAAUUCUCUAUUAUUAUUAUUUUAGGACCUGUUGUAGUGAAUUGCUACUGAAAAGCCAGUCUAAGGCUAGACACAGAGCACUCUUAAAGCAGCAGUCACAUUAGGGUUAGUAUUCUUUUUUUUUUUUUUUUUUUUGUAGGUGUACCGUAAUGAAUAACUUGGCUAGUUGGUUGUUUUUAAGUCGAUGAAAGAAAUAGUUUUAUGGGGGGAAAAAAGGAAAAAAAAAAAAAAAAAAGGAAAAAAUACUGUUGCAGUCUGGUUGACUGGUGCUCAUUUUUCAUGUGGGACCUGGUACCAGUAUAAACAUAAUCAGCUAUCGGGUUAACACAAUGUACCACUGACUUGUUUAGUGUGAAUAAACCCAGGGGUUCACAGAGUGGUUUUGAUUUAAUUGGAUUGGACUCUAUUAAAGAAGUUAGUAUGUUACUUUACAUGCCCUUGUUUGGUCUGGUUUUUGAACAAUUUAGCCACCUGUCCAAAAGGUGUGCAAAUGAGAACCAGUAAAUAUGGUGCUAAUCCCUCUCCAUUGUACUGUACUCUCAGUGACCUGGGUUUUUUGGCUACAGUCUUGCUCUCCUGAUCUACUUUUAGUCAGGUUUGCAAACAUUUAUUUUCCAAGAAAGGUUUCUACUAUAAGAGAAUGUGAACAGUAGAUCUCUGAAAAAAAAUUGAUUACUAAAAGCGAAGAAGCAGGAUUAAUAGGCUGUUUGAGGUUCAGCUGCAUCUGAAAAUACCACUUGAGCAGAAAUAGUGCCCUUUCUUGGUCCUCCCUCUCUUCCCAUGUAAUUUUUUCAAGUUCUUUAUGUACCAAAUCCAGACAUAAGUGUUAUUUAAUUAGCUAAACACAGGGUUAUGAGUUAGGAAUAGUCUCGAGUUUUAAUUAUGGUUCUGCUAUUGAUGGUCAGAGUUGCAUAGACAAUGGCAUAAUCGUUGAAUUAAUUUCUUAAUUUCCUAUAUGUGAGAAUGUUUUUCAUCUAAUUGUUGUGAGGGUUAAUGAGCAGAGGUUUAAGGAGUGAUUUGGCAAAUUAAGCUCCUGUGUAUGCACUGAAUGUUUCUAGAAAGGACACUUGGAAGAGCCCAGGUUCAUCAUCAGACUUGCACUCUGUGAAAUAAUAGUUGUCCCAUCAUUAAUACAGUGCUGGCUCAGGAUAGACCACCACAGACCAGGAUCCUACAUCCUCUCUAACAGGUAUGUUUAUAUGAAAUGAGUGCUUGAGGCACUCUGCAUUGCCCAAGUGCUCCUAAUCUAAACUCAGCAGCUAAAACAAGACAUUGUGGGGUACAGUCCUAUUUUGGUUUCGUGUUUGAAGUGUAGAGCCCUUUGUAAGUAUAAAGGUUUUAGGAUGCCAUUCUAAACUCUACAGACUUAGAAGCAGCAGCUUCUCUCUUAAAAGAAGCUACAUUUUUAAGCUUGCUCUUGAGUAAUUUAAACUGAGGUUGAAUAAUCAAAGACUUUCUCUUUAUAGUACCAGUGCUUUCUAAAUUUGCAUAUUUCAUGUAAAAAUGGACUUGACAUUUUGCUAUUAAUUUAGGUUGGAAGACUGAAGGACAUGCUCUUCUCCAGUCAUCUUCCCCCAGAAUCCCUGGAAUAGGAGUGAGUCUCAUUUAAAGGGAAAGAAAAACAGAAAGACAACACAAAACCCCUUUAAACUAAAGUGUACUAAUAAGCUUAUUUGACCAAUAGAAACAGGUAACAAAAUCUAGAUUAUGUUGAGACAACCCUAUAAACUGCCAAGCAAUUCAAGAUUGAGCUGGCUUUCCAGUAAGCAUAACAAUUUAUUGGAAUUAGCAAAUGCAACUGCAGUCAUGCUGACUUGCAGGUAGCUGGUAUUUAGUAAUGAGCAGUGAGCCAUAGGGAAGAUUUCUGUAGAACCGAGGCUGUGAUCUGAAAGAUACAAGUUUGUGUCCUCACUGUUCCUAGCACUUGGAGAACAUGCAGUAGGCAUAAAAUCCAUUUCCAGAAUACUGGUUAUUUUUAUCCAAGUUUUACCCCCAGUGACCUCACUGUUAUUGGUGAGUUGAAUUUUGGCACCAGGUGCAUUGUAAUUUCAUUUUGAAAGCUACAGGUUUUGGCCUGAUGAAACUAAUGAAAAACCUGAAGCUGAAAAGGAAACCUUCUAAAAUACUGUACGUUUUCUUGUCAAAGAAAACACUAUGUUGUCAUGAAUGAAUUGAAUGAAAGCUGAAUGAACUGAAUGAAAGCUAUUUAAUUCUUAGUCUCAUGAACAAGGAAACAAUUUGGCAGUAAGUUAACAAUCAUGAGAUGACAGUUCUGGAUCAUUCUAGUGUAGAUGGGAGAGAUUUGCACCAACACACAGAUUAGUGCAAACAAGUGCUAACAGAUCUUCAGCAGAAAUGGAUUUUCAGAGCUCUCUCCUGUUAUAUUAUUCAGUUCUAGAUAGGAACUUACGUACAAAUUCUACACUUUGGGAAGUGUCUGCUGCUCAUAGAUCACAUAAAAGUGAUCCAAACAGAAAACUCAGUCUCAUCUGUUCAGGGCUCAAAGGGAAAAACUUCAAAUGCCUCAAGCUGCAACCUCAUUUAGAUUGUUCCUAUUCCAUUUUUAAAUGACAUGCCAGUAUAUAGAUGAUAACUAUCUUUUUUGUUAUUUGCUAGGACUGCAAUCCACUGUUGAAGUCAGUGCACUGCUCUGCAAAGGAAGGAACAUCAGUUAAUACAAAUUCUGAUAAUCAGAUUAAUAGUACUCCUUUGUAUUAUGGGAGUGCUUAAACCCCUCAACUGUGGUUCAGACCCUUCUAUAUUAGGUAUGAAAAUAUCUUCAAACCUUUAUAAUCUAGGUAUUAAUGAUAGAUAAGAAAGGAAUAGCUGUUAGCAUUUCAUAAGUGAAUGAAACAAAGUUGAAACACUAAAAAAUGUUUGCAUGUAUGCUUAAAUGUUGUGUUGAAUGCAGGGGCUCAGACUUCUCACUAGGCUUUUCUUUUUGCCUAAAGUAAGUUAUGUCCACCACAAGUGCCAGGUAAAACAAUUGAAUAUGGAUUUAUUCCAUACCGAAUUACAUUAAGUCACAUCACCUUGCAUUUAUCACAUGCUAGGUGUCUGCAGACAGACUAGUGUGACUUAUCAGACGUAUGGUAUUGUCAUGGCAUGUGAGCUCUCAGUCUUAAGUGAUUGACCUAUGAUAAUUGAUAGCAGAACCAGAAAUUGAACUCAGAUUUUCCUUCUCUCAAUCCAGUGCCUUAACUAUAAUAGGUCAAAGUAUUAUGGGGGAGGUUGUUUUUUUGUUUUUUUUUCUGUGUGUGUUUUUGAUUGUUUUUUAUUUUUAAACCUAGAACUGUAAGAUGGUGAGGAGUUGGUCUUCAUUCCAGUCUUUUAAAUAAUUGCAAAUGCCCAGUCACAGUUUUAGACCCAUUUGAGUGCCAGUGACUUAGGGAGUGUUUGUUAUUUCCCAAGUAUUCUCUGAAAUUAUUGUUUUUCCCUUAACUGCUAUCAGCAGUAAGAAAUGACUUGACUUGAAUAGAAAAGCUGUGUAACUGAAUGUCUGCCUAACUCAACUAAUGGAAUUGAUAGUAUGAAAUCUAACCUAGAUUUUGUAGGCACUGUUGUAGCUUUAGUGUCUUGUUUUUGUUUUGUUUUGUUUUUUCCCAAAAUCUUUGUUCCUAGAAGUCAAUAUUUGAAUUUUUGUCCUGAGUCUGGAGUGGGGAACCACUUUCAGCUUAAUUUUUUUUUAAGGUGCUUGCUUGAGGAAGUAGAUGCCAAAGUAAAUUUCAAAGGAACUCCAAACUUCAGUGUUGGAAGAACAAAUGGAAAGCAAGAGCUUUCUCUGGGUUUCAUGAGACAUGAGUGGACAAAGGAAAACACAACUAUCAAAAUUUGUAAUGAAACAGGAAAGGCUUUUCUGUAUCAUCCACAAAAACAGAAAUAUUUUUGAUGGUUUAGGGUGGCAGAAACUCUCAGAGCAAGUGCCAAACAAAACCAUGGAACACGUUGGCUUUUUCAGCAUUAUGAAUAUACCUUUAACAGCAUUAUGAAUAUCUUAACGUAAAUUAAGCCAGCUUUUUACCAUUCACCUUUUGCAUGGGCACAGUACAUGAGUUUUAAUUGAAUAGAACAUAAGCUCACAUUGAAUCUCUGAGCUUAUGCUCUCAAUUCCAAGCCAAGAGACAAAACAAACAAGCAAAAGGGGUGGGGGGUGGGGGGUGGGGAAGGAAAACUGUUAAAAAGAAAAGAGAUUGUGGAAGAUGCCCCUGUCUCCUGAGAGAGUCCGUCUUUUUAUCCUGCAUAUGCUUUUCUAUAUAAGAAUCUUUGGCCAUUGUGAAUGAGCCUUUGGGAAUAGAUGUGGCUUUCAGCCCGGUCUGCUGCUCUGUGUCCCUUUAAGAAAGCUGUGUGCUUAGGAGCACUGAGCCUUGGACAGAGAGGGGGGCAGUGGCUGCGCUGCAGCCUGAAGCCACUCUUUACUGUUGCAGAAUCAACAGCAGCAGCAGCAGAAACAGCACUGGCAGAAUGCUUUUCUGCCUGCUCUCCUGGUAGCUUCACCCCCAUACAUUCCUUUGCCAGUGUGUGUUCCUAUUCAGAUACACACAGUUGUACAGCUUAACAAUGCUACCUGUAAAACAAACCGGAGAACCAUUUGGCUAAAUAGAAAAAAAAACCAAAAACAAUUAAAACAAUUGUGACAUAACUGCAAAGUCCUGCAGAACAGGAGCAAGAACCCUGGCUAUAAGGAUGGGGAUGGCUGGUAUGGUUAAAGCAUGCUAGUGGAAAACCACAGUUGUUUGCUCUGUGGUAGCGGGUAAUGACUGCCUCUUUGUAACGAAUUAACACGUUAUGUCAUCUCUGGCCUCUUCCUGUGUUUAGUUCCCAUAUGAAAAAUGAGAUGAUGAUAACCUUGAGUAAGAAUGAUUCAAGUGCCAAACUGUCCUGCACAAUAGUGCUACUUAACUGUAACAACCAUUUGGCCCCACUGGCUCCAGGCAUGAUGCAAAGUUAAGCAUUCGGCUGUGUUCUUCCCAAAAGGUGAAAUACCUAAAUAAAUUUAAAGACUGCCUGGUGUGAUUGAUCUGCUCUCAGGGUUUAUGUGAAUGAAGCUUUUCCUGGGUGGCUUCUCUACUUGUACUGCAGUUUUGGAGACUGGGAAGUGCUCUGAGCUGAGAUGUGCUGAAGGAAGGAGGUAACUGGUGUCUCACUGGUGUGUAGUGACUCCCUCCUAGCUCCUGGGUUCCAUGUGGACCACGGGGUCAUUUCAAACAGUCACUGGCAGCUAGAAAUGCUCUUGAGCUUCCUGCAGCCACAUAGUGAGUGUGGGUAAGUGCUUUUGUAAUAAAUCAAUCUCAUUCCCACUAAUAGCUUUUUGGCUGCCGUGUCUACAAACUGGUGCCUUCUCCAGGCAACUUUUACAUGCCCUCUGCAGAUUUGUCAGACUGUCUGCUGGCUCUUAAGUAAUAAACCAAGCCUUGCUCUUGGGAUCAGAAUUUCUCUUCAGUACUGUUGUAAUCUAAAAGUUUGCAGCAAUUAGUGCUGAUACACUGUGUAAGAGAAAAUAAAAGGCUGUUCUCAGAUGUCCUGUAGAGAAAACAACCGAAAUGCAAGUGUGGGGAUGAGCCAGGAAGACUGGCAUCUUUCCCUGGCUGCAUGCUGUGUGGACAAGACAGUGCCUUGGAAGGGAAGGAGCAGAAAAGUUUGCCACUGGCUCUGAUGAAUCUCAAUCCUGCUUCUACUGAAGUUGUUGGGAACCCUCCCAUUAUCUUCAGUGUGAGCAAGAAAGGAUCUUAGGUGAGGAUGGAUGACUCUUUCCCUACUUGAAUGAAGUUUCUUGUCUAUUUAUGGGCCUGCUUCUAUUGAAACCGAGCCUGUUUUAGCCUUUUGGGUUCUUAGGGACCUGUUUGUAUAAAGCAACUUACCUACCUAUCUUUUUUUUUUUUUUUAAAAUCUUUUUUUUUUUCUUUUUUUCUAUUGUGUGUAUUUUUUGUAUGUUCUGUUGGAAGGUGAAGCCUCUGUAGAAGGGGAUGCAAAAACUGGUUUUUAAAUAGUAAUAAACCAAAAGAGAAUUAAACUC